CAGAACACAAUCAGACUCCGCCAGCGCGCCCUCAAACCGUGGGUCUGCGGCGGACCCCGUGCAAAUGCGCAUAUCGAACGCGCCCUCUCAAGUCUGCUAACGGCUCUUUCCUCAGUUUUCUCGCUAAUGGAGUGGAAUACGGCGGCGUCUGAAGGCUCACUGACCCGUCAGCUUGCACCCAGAAUUCCCCGCGUUGAGACAAGAUGGAGGAACGCUGCAGCUGCAGGGGAACAAUGUUUGGGCUCUAAAGACCAUAAGGAACGACCGAAGGUGAAAAAUACACGCCGAUACAGAAAGAGGUGGUCAUGCACUGAAUGAGAGUGGUGGCCUCCUGUUGAAGUGAAUCCAGCAGCACCGUUCCCACCAGCCACCAACGGACCCACCCCACUCCACUCCAGCUGACAGCGCUACGGCCUGGCCACCAUGAGCCUCAUUCAGGACAAGCUGGGCGGCGAGUUCCUGCGGCCCAACGGCAGCAUGGACGGCGGCUUCGGCACGAGCAUGCUCAUGUUCAGCCACCUGCCGCCGGUCACCAGCUUCACACGGCUGGCUGCCCAGUCUGUCAUGGCCGACCUGCCCCCGCAGGAGAUGAUGAGCCUGAAAAAGGAGCGAGACUCGCCCGACUGCGGGGGCGGCAUGGGAGGCAUGGGGAUGGGCGGCCUGGGCAGCAUCAUGGGCGGAGUGGGCGACUACGUGCACGCCAUGGGCAUCAAGCAGGAGAAGCUUCCGGAGCAUGACUACCGGCUACCGCUCUACCCUGGAGGAGGUGGAGGGGGCGGCCUCAAUGGUUGCAUGGGCCAGAGGAGCGUCUCGGACCUGCUGGAGGUGUCGCUGGGGAACCACCAGAACCUGCUGGUGCACGACCUCAGCCUGAGCAAUCAGCUAUCAGGGAGGCUGGGGAAGGAGUCUUCAGGAAGGAAGGGUCGCAAGUCAAACGGCGAUGGAACGGAAGGGAAACCUCGUCGGAAACGUGGAGAGUCAAAGGCUCUAAUGCUGGACCCUGAUGGAGAGAGCCUGUCGCCCAACUCCAAGCCACACAUCUGUGAGCACUGCAACGCAGCCUUCCGCAGCUCCUACCACCUGCGCAGACACGUGCUCAUACACACAGGCGAGAGGCCUUUCAGAUGCAGUCAAUGCAACAUGAGCUUCAUCCAGAAGUACCUCCUGCAAAGGCAUGAGAAGAUCCACAGCGGAGAGAAGCCGUUUAGUUGUGACCAGUGCAACAUGCGAUUCAUUCAGAAGUACCACAUGGAGAGACACAAGCGAACUCACAGUGGAGAAAAGCCAUACAAGUGUGACACCUGCCAACAGUAUUUUUCCCGUACGGACCGGUUGCUGAAACACAAGCGCACGUGCGGAGAAGCCAUAAAGAAGGGCGUGGACGGGGCCCUGCUGGACGCGGGGCUGGCCGAUGACGGCCAGGGCAGCUACUCACUCACUCAGGGAAAUGGCCCCGUGCCUGGCCGCAAGAGGGCCAAGGCCAAGGGUGGCGAAGGCGGGGAGCGUAAGCGCAGGAAGCAGCAGCAGCAGCAGCAGGCAGGCGUAGUGGGGGGCCAAGGCAUGGGGGCUCAGGACGGGCCGUACGGUCUGCACGGUGGCAGCUACUCAUUGGACAAACACGGAGCAGCCGCCGGUCACCCGGGGCCCAGCAUGCACCACCCCGAGCAUGGCCGGGCGCCCAAGAUGGCCUACAAGAAGGGCGGCCGCAGCAAAGGCCUGGAGAAGGUCAGCGGAGACGAGGCCAAGCACGGCGGGAUGGACGGCCUCGGACUCCUCCAGGUCCCCGGCACCAAGACCAGCUCCACCAGCAACAGCAGCAAUUACGACGACGCUAUGCAGUUCCUCAAGAAGAGGCGCUACCUGCCGCCGGCCAACGGGGUUUCGGGGAGCAUAUCCGGGGUGGCGGCUGGGAGCGGGGUGGAUUACGACGUAGGGGUGGGUCACCUGGGGGUGCAGGGCGCUGGGGUGAUGGACGCCGACGGGCCCCUGGUUGCGCUCCUGGACCCCUCGCCUUUGGCUGUGGACCUCAAGCACGACAUCAAGUCGGCCAUCCCCGACGAGGUGCUUCAGAGCCUCCUGGAACACUACACCCACAAGUCCGACGUGACCUUCGACCUCGCUGAACCCCAUCACCACCACUCGCCGCACCACCACCACCACCACCACGUGGACAUGCAGCCUCCCUCGGUGGACGGCCUCGGCCCCGACGACGACGCGCCAAGCCCCGGCGGCGACAAGACGGUCAUGAUGCACGAGUACUCCCGCUUCCUGCUGCAGGCGCUGGAGAGGACCAGCGGCCACCACGGCGCCGGGGGAUUCCCAACCUCGACCCUCGGGCCCUCGCCCUCGUCCUCCUCAUCGUCCCCCUCCGUCACAGGGCCCUUCCCAGGGCCCUUAUACUCGUCCGACAAGCACGUGGUGUACGGUUCGUCGCCCCUGGAGUGCGGCGGCUUCGGGCAGCCGGCGGCAGUCUCGCCGGCCGCCUCUUCGCCCUCACUCUCCUCCACCUCGUCCGUGCCAAAGUCCCACUUCAGCCUGCUGUCGGGCUCGCCACCGCCGCCGCCCCAGCACACCUUUCACCUGGGCGGCCUGGAGCCUGUGCUGGCCCAGCAGCUCACGCCCUCGCAGGAGCUCACCGAGCAGCUUGACAAGCCGCACUCCUCCGCGGCCUCCUCCUCCUCGCCCCCUGCGCCCCUCACCGCCCCACACACACCCUCCAGCGGCAACUCCGCGGUGGCCAAAAACGGUGCCGCCUAUCCGCUGACGCCCUCCCAGGAUCUGGCCACCCUGGACACGGCCAAGUCGGCCUCGCCCUACCAGAUCGAGAACUUUGCGCAGGCGUUCGGCUCGCAGUUCAAGGUGGGAGUAGGCGGCGGAGGGGGAGGCGGCCGUGGUGUGGCUCUGGCCUACGGCACUGACUCAGGCGGAGAGGUCGACCACCGCGACAGGACUCCCGUCUCCGAAUUCUCAGGGUAUACUAGUCUGUUAGCCGACGUCAGCGAGCCAGUGACCACUGGUUCCAAAACCCCAACAAGCCAAAGUUACAGUUGAGAGAGUGCUAGGGAGGCAUAGAAGAGUCACGUUUCAUUGAUCUUCUUUUUUUCCCUUGCUUUUGUUGUUGUUGUUGUUGUUGUUGUCAGUGUUGUAGUUUUGUAGUUUAAUGUUUUUGUUGUCUUAUUAUAAUUAUUUUGUAUUUAGCUCUCCUAUUUUAUUAUUAUUUUGAUGUUUGUUUUUAAUUAUUACACUGCCAUUUAUGUUCCUAUGAAAUUUCAUGUCAGAUGACCUGCAAGGUGUCUCAACAAAUGCAAUUUUUUUUUUAUGAAUUAUAUAUUUUAGUCAGUUAUAGCCCUAUUUGGUUUCUUUUCAUAGUGUCAUUCUAGGCCUACUCAAUUAAAAACUCGAAGUGCGUUUUUAAAUGGCAAAAAACAAUAAAAUAUAGGACUUGGUUUCCCCACACACACACACACACACACACACACACACACACACACACACAGAUGUUUUAGCAAUCAGUCUUAUACACAUAACAGUGAGCUUAAGAUGGCAGGGAUUGGCCAAGAGCUGAACAAGAAAAAAAAAAAGAUUCAGUGAUGGAUAAAAGUCAGAUAUUUGUCUGUUACAAAGGAUUCAAGUAUUACUCAG